AACAUUAAAUAACAAUAAACAAGAACAUGUUCUUUGACAAAAAGAACAAGAAUAUAAGAACAUUAUAAAAGAAUAGACAUAAAUUCUGUCGGCUGUCUCAAUUUUUGGUCGCAAUGGCAAUGAAGGAUACAUCUCGUAGAAACAGAGAGAGAGCGCGCGGAAAUGUCGUCCGCUUUGCAAAAACAGGGGAAGGAAGAAACGAACGAACGAACGAAUCUCCAUUUCCCACAUUUCAGGACGACAAAUGGAUUCCAACAGACAAAGAAAUGUCGUCCGCUUUGUUAAUUUUUUGAGGCGCCAUUCUCCGACAAUCAACACGAAACAGAGGAAUGUUCUGGUUUUUGUUGGAGAAAUUGAAAAGAAAAAGGGGCAUAAAUGGAGGAUCAUCGGAAGGUUGAAGCCGAGGAAGAAGACGAAGUGGGAACCGCCGCCGUGGAGGAGGAGGAGGAGGAGGAGGAGGAGGAAGAAAUCGGAGUUGUGGGUUCGAGCUUGACUCUGGAGAAGGUCGCUGCAGCCAAACAGUUCAUUGAGAAUCAUUACAAGGCUCAAAAAAAGCACAUUCAAGAACGCAAAGAGAGGCGUUCCGUGCUCGAAAAGAAGUUGGCAUCUUCAGAUGUCUCAGAAGAAGAACAAAUUAAUCUAUUGAAAGAUUUGGAGCUCAAGGAGACUCAAUACAUGAGGCUGAAAAGGCAUAAAAUUUGUGUCGAGGAUUUCGACCUUUUGACGAUUAUUGGUCGAGGUGCUUUCGGGGAGGUCAGGCUUUGUCGGGAGAAGAAAACAGGCAACAUCUAUGCCAUGAAGAAGCUGAAGAAAUCAGAAAUGCUCAGCAGAGGACAGGUUGAACAUGUCAGAGCUGAAAGGAAUUUACUUGCAGAAGUUGCAAGUCACUGCAUUGUGAAACUCUAUUAUUCUUUCCAAGAUGCUGAAUACUUGUAUCUUAUCAUGGAGUAUCUUCCAGGAGGUGACAUGAUGACUUUACUGAUAAGGGAGGAAACUUUGACAGAAACCGUGGCUAGAUUUUACGUCGCCCAAACUGUUUUGGCUAUAGAGUCGAUUCAUAAACAUAACUACAUCCACAGAGAUAUAAAACCUGAUAACCUUCUAUUGGACAAAAGGGGUCAUAUGAAACUCUCUGAUUUUGGUCUUUGCAAGCCUCUUGACUGCACAAAUCUAUCUUCUAUAAAUGAAAAUGAAGUCCUUGACGACGAAAACUUGCCUGACACGGUGGACGUGGACGAGAGCUUUCCAGAUAAGAAAAGCGGGAGGCGUUGGAAGAGCCCCCUCGAACAACUUCAGCACUGGCAGAUUAACAGAAGGAAACUGGCGUUUUCCACGGUUGGCACUCCAGAUUACAUAGCUCCGGAAGUGUUGCUAAAGAAAGGAUACGGUGUGGAAUGUGACUGGUGGUCUCUUGGUGCAAUAACGUACGAAAUGCUUGUCGGUUAUCCGCCAUUUUAUUCUGAUGAUCCAAUAACAACAUGCCGAAAGAUUGUGCAUUGGAAAAAUCACUUAAAAUUCCCUGAUGAGUCAAGAUUAUCACCUGAAGCAAAAGACAUGAUCAGUAGGCUGCUCUGCAAUGCUGAGCAUAGGCUUGGUACUGGAGGCGCAGAACAAAUCAAGGCUCAUCCUUGGUUUAAACAUACCGAGUGGGACAAACUCUAUGACAUCGAUGCAGCGUUUAAGCCCGAGGUCAACGACGAACUCGAUACGCAGAAUUUUAUGCAGUUUGAUGAGGUCGAUCCACCGCCAACGAGAACCGGAUCUGGACCAAUAAGGAAGAUGUUGUUGACUCCCAAAGAUCUCAGUUUUGUUGGUUAUACAUACAAAAAUUUUGAAGCUGUCAAAGGACUACACCAUUCAUUUGAUUUGAAAUCGAGCAUCACCCCGACUCGGACUUCGUCAGUUGACUCGACUAAAAGUGACUCGGCAUUGAUCAACUACUCAACAGAGGACAGGGAAGCCAUGUUGGCACCAUCAGGGGAUGCUUUGUCACAGUAA